AUGAAUUUCCUGGAUGGUUACGAGAUCACAAGCCCCCCAACGCCGCCUGCAGGGCAGCAGCCUGAACCAAGCCUGAAUGAAGAGGUCUCGCAGGUCGUCGGCCAGCUCUCGCGUUUCUGGGGUGGCUUCCGGAAACAGAGUCAAACUGUGCUAGAGGCUGCUCGCAAAGAUCUCGGAGAGGUCGUCUCUCAGGCGCAGAAAGAGCUCAGCAAGCUCACUGAGCCGUCCGAGGCUUCCACAAGCACCAUUGCCCCAUCUGGCUCGACAGAGACAGACUCAUCUGCCGAGACCGACCUUGAGAAAGAGAAGGACAGUGACGCUGAUUCGACACCUUCAGGAGAGGCCUCGUCGAGCACGUCUACCAUCUUUCCACCCGACGCUACCGACCAAGAACAGCAGUCCUCGACCCUCUUCUCCCGCCUCCAAGCCUCCCUACCACCGCACAUCGUCUCCGCCGUCCAGGAGAAUAUACCAGAUUCUAUCAGACAUGCACGCGGGCUGUCGCUCACGGCACCCGACCUCGCUGCGCUCCGCAGCACGCUGACAUCGGAACUGCAGCGCGUGCAAGGAAGCAGCGGCGAGCUCCUCCAACGCGGCGAGGGCCUCCUCCAACGCAUGCAGGGCAGCGGAGGCGACCUCCUCCAGCGCGUGCAGGGCGGUGGGGAAGAGCUGCUCCGCGAGGCGGGCGAAUUCCUCAAGGAAGCGGUGCGCGUCGUGCCACCCGAGGAGGGCGGAAGCAAUGCUAGUACGGCCGUUGUGUGGGACGGCACGGACGUGUGGAUGAUCCCAACGUACGCGGAGGAGCCCGCGAGCACACGCGCGAAGGGCAAGGAACGUGAGCGGUCGCAGAGCACGGGCUCGGGGACGGGCUCUGGUCGCCAGUCUAUGGACAGUGUGCGAGCAGCGACGACGCGCGCUGAGGCCAUGCUUGCGCAGCUGAGGCAUGACCCCAAGGUUCUGCGGGCGGACCCUGCUGCUGAGGGCGAAGCGUUUGGGGAGUGGGUGGCAGAGCUGGGUGCGGAGGGUAUUGAGAGCGAGACAUGGCUGGCAAGACGGGAGAAGGAGUUGGACGAGCGGCCAGAGCUCACGGCUCUCCUUGAGGCAUUGGUCCCAGAAGAGGUGAACGAGUCAACAUUUUGGACUCGCUAUUUCUUCCGCGUCCACCAGGUCGAGCGCGAAGAGGAGAGGCGGAAGGCACUACUGCAGCGUACCACGGAGAACGAAGAAGACUUCAGUUGGGAAGACGACGAUGAUGAGGCAACCUCUCCAACCGCCGCCAAACCCGACGCCACCACACCCUCAGCUCCUGUGACACCGGCGACCGCUAAGCCAGCGCCCACACCGACAGUCGCGAAAUUGGCUACUCCGACAGAGCGAUCGCGCGUCUCGACGCCGACGAGUGCAAGUCGACGACCAAGCAGUGAAGAGAGCUACGACGUUGUGUCGUCGCAAGUCAGUCGUGGUGGGAGCACUAGUGGAGUGGAGAGCGGUGACAAGGAAGAAGCUGAUGAAGAGGAAGACGACGAGGAAGAUAACGAGGAGGAAGUGGCGGCAGCUAAGCCAAGGCAGGACACGAAAGCAGAAGAAGAGGAAGAGGAAAGCGAUUGGGAGUGA